UUUACACAUGCUUGGCACAGAAGCAAGUCAACUUUCAUUCUGUGUUGAAAUCUACUGUGGAUUGAAAAGAUGAACGUCGUCUUGGCUUGUUUAAUUGUGGUUCUGACUGCAUCACUAACUCUGGCUGAAGAUAUGGAAUUCAAUGAAGAAAGUUACUGGCCCUACAGUGACCAAAUUCAGGCAGAUUUAGUAGAAGACCCAAUAUUUGAAAGGUAUCUCCUAAGACUCGCAAGAAAACCUAACCCUGAAUUAUUUUAUUCAUCGAUGGGGAAGAGGAACAAUGACUUCAAGGGAACCUCCCCAAAAAGGAAUAAGAUGUUCAUUGGACUGAUGGGCAAGAGAGCAUUAACUUCUGAGUCUGAAGAAAGAAUGAAGGAUUUGUAUUUCAGCAGGAGGCGUAAAUAAGUGUAUCCUAACUACCUAUUUAUUUAACUGUGACUUAGAAAGUGCAACAUAGGUCCUUUAAUGUAACAACUCAUUUGUGUAAUAAAAUAGCUGUUGUAUGAAGAUAAAGAUUCAAUAAAAAGAACUAUUUCUAC